AGCAUCACUCAAUGUCUUUCGGCGCCGUCGCUAUUGCCACGUCAAGCGUGACGUACCAGGAGGUGUCGUCCGGGUGGGAGGUGUUCUUACCAGUAACAGAAACCAUACGUUAACUGGCAUUUAUGGUCAUAAAGCCAAAGAAGAGCUCUUCUAAGAGUGUGGCAGAGUUAAAUCAAAAGGACUGUUGAUCAUGGACCCAGUCACCAGCGGACUUGCACAAAGGUUGGCUGAAGCUGACCAGUCUCACCUCCUGCAGUUCUGGGACGAGCUGAGCCCUGCAGAGCAGGCCGAGUUGACCCACGACCUACAGGGGAUGGACUUUCAGGAAAUCAAUGGAUUCUUUAAAAACGCCAUGGAGACGUCCAGCAACAGCAAACACGAGAAGAUGGACGCCCGCAUGGAGCCGGUGCCCCGGGAGGUGCUAGGAAGUGUCACGAGAGACCGAGAUAGUCUUAAAGACUGGGAGCUAGUAGGUCUGCACUGCAUCUCUCAGAGUAAAGUGGCGGUCCUGCUGCUGGCCGGCGGCCAGGGAACCAGACUCGGGGUCUCUUAUCCCAAAGGCAUGUACGACGUGGGGCUGCCAUCCCACAAAACCCUCUUUCAGAUCCAGGCUGAACGCAUAUUGAAGCUGCAACAGCUGGCGGAGCAGAAGCACAAAAGCAAGUGCUGUAUUCCCUGGUACAUCAUGACCAGUGGCAGGACAAUGGAGGCCACCAAGGACUUCUUCUCUCGUCAUAAGUAUUUUGGCUUGAACGAGAACAACGUUGUCUUCUUUCAGCAGGGCAUGCUACCAGCCAUGGACUACGAAGGCAAGAUCAUCCUGGAGAGUAAAGGAAAGCUGUCCAUGGCCCCUGAUGGGAAUGGGGGUCUUUACAGAGCACUGGGGUACCAGGGCAUCAUGGAAGACAUGAAGAAGAGGGGGAUUGAAUUCAUCCAUGUGUACUGCGUAGAUAACAUCCUGGUCAAAGUGGCUGACCCUGCUUUUGUUGGUUUCUGUGUGCAGAAGGGAGCUGAUUGUGGAGCUAAGGUAGUGGAGAAAACCAAUCCAACAGAGGCAGUGGGUGUGGUCUGCAAGGUGGACGGGCACUAUCAGGUGGUGGAGUACAGCGAGAUCACCCUGGCAACUGCUGAGAAGCGCAGCGCCGACGGCCGUCUGAUGUUCAACGCAGGAAAUGUGGCCAAUCACUUUUUCAGCUUCUCCUUCCUCAGAGACAUAGUGGAGAAAUACGAGCCAGACCUGCAGCACCAUGUGGCACAGAAGAAGAUCCCAUAUGUGAACAGUGAAGGUCAGCUAAUCAAACCGGACAAGCCAAAUGGGAUUAAAAUGGAAAAGUUUGUCUUUGACAUCUUCCAGUUCGCCAGCACAUUUGUUGUGUAUGAGGUGCUACGAGAGGAUGAGUUCUCCCCGCUGAAGAAUGCGGACAGUCAGGACGGAAAGGACACGCCCACCACAGCCAGACACGCCCUCAUGUCCCUCCACCACCGCUGGGUGCUGAAUGCUGGGGGUCACUUCAUCGACGAGAACGGCAGACGUGUGCCUGCCAUACCCAGAGACGGAGCAGCAGGCAGUGUCACAGAUGAUGGCAGCAGAAACCUGAAGGACGGAACAGACCUGCCAAUCAAAUGUGAGAUCUCCCCACUGGUGUCCUACGGGGGAGAGGGUCUUGAAGAAUUGGUGAAGGGACGAGAGUUUCAUCCAACCCUGAUGAUUGAUGAGAAUGGAGUCCAUGAGCUGGUGAAGAACGGAGUUUAGACAAUGAAGGGGACAGAGAGAGAGAGGGACAACCCAAAGACAGACAACCUCCCUUUUUCUCUUACCCUUUGCGGAGAGAAACUGUGAUGUCAUCGCUGUGCAAUAACAAAUGUCACGUGCAAGACGAGUUGCAUCGUUUACUUUUCAGCAGCAAUUUUUCUUUGCUUUGUAUGUUGGUGUCAUACUUAGUUCCUCUUUGUUUUGAAGAGCACUUGAACACAGCAUGAGACGAAGGACAAAAUCUCUGUCGCACUGACUGGAUGAAGCAGUCUUCAGGUGCAUCUAUUUAUUUUUAUAUGUACUGAUGGGAAUCACCAUCUAGUCAUUUUACCUGGUGAUUUUUAUACGACAUAGGACUGAGAUGAAAUGACGAAGAAAGAUGUUUCUUACUAGGAUGUAAUUAAGGUACAUGGUACAUGGGUGUGUGGGGUGGGGAGUAUUUAUAAUAUCUGCUUUUUUCUGCUUUUAAUCAUUGAAAAAUUAGAUAUUAUUCAGCUUUAAGAGAUGCUGUUAUUUCUAUCAUCUUUAUUAAAGAAAUCCUAAUUGUAAAA